AUGCUGCAAAACGUAGGAUCUUUGCUUACAGGCUUAGUGCUAAUCGUAAACGCUGCAUCAACCGACCCAAGCUCCGACGAGACAAGCGUAUGCCAAAACGAGUCAGUACCUGAUGGUUUCAAAGACAUCCCAUCGUCAGAGCAGGACGCCUGGAGUUUUAUCGCUGCACCCGGAAACUUCAUGUACGUGCUGUACAGAAAUUUUCACAGUGACCGUCAAAACAAAGGAACAAAUAAGUGUGUCAUGGUACAGAAAGUUCCCUAUGACGAUACAGCGGAGACAAGAUUUGCUAACUACACAAAGUGGUACAAUGAAACAACAUGUGUAUCGUACGCGAUGCAAUCGUUCUACAAAGUCGUAAUGUUGGAUGGAAGUAAAGGUAGAACAAAAAACGUGUUGGCUGCACGACAUAAAGUUGGUGGGAUCUUUACGAAUACAACUUGCUAUCCUUUUGCAUACACUAAUGCAAAGUGUGCCGUUGUGUUGAUGAAUCAUUGGAACCAUGCUGCCAAAAACCAGUGCAAAGAGGAGACCCCAAAUCAGGAGGAUGGAACUGAGAAAAUAACGGCCACUACUG